AAAAGCAUCCAACUUUGCAGUAUAACACACUAAAAACUUUUUAUGAGCAUCAUUAUUAUUUUAUGUUUGAAAGCUUAGUAAAGUGUAAAACAAUGGAAAAAAAUAUCGAUAUAUUGAGCUCAAUAAAAAAUAUACACGAAGGCAAUGUAAAAGAAAAUUUUUUUUUGAACACUGAAGAAGAAAAUUCAAGAAUAUGCAAAACAAAUAUGUAUAGAACAUUAUCAGGACACUGUAACAAUAUAUUUUAUCCGAAAUGGGGUUCAAAUGAAGAUAAUUUCCUCCGAUUGAUUAAAUCAGAACCCGAAUUUCAAAAUUUUGAUGUAAAACCACCUGAGGUAAUUGAAAGAUUUUUAUCGGAAAGAAUUGAAAAUAAAACUGCUGAUCCUUUUAUAACUUCAUUGGCACCUGGUUGGGCUAUUUUGGUUGCUUUUGAUAUAGCAGGCGAUUUAUCACGUAAUAUAAAUGAAGCAACAAGUUAUUUAGAUGCAUCAAAUAUAUAUGGUUAUGAUACUCAGCAUAAUGAACAAUCAACCGAUUUGAAAUCACCAGAUGGUAAAAUUACAGAAUCAUUUUGUAGAAUGUGUGACAUACAAGGAAUUGUUGGAAAAUUACAUAAAAUAUUUGUUAAAGAGCAUAAUACUUUAGCAGACGAAUUACAUAGAUUAAAUCCAACAUGGUCAAGUGAAAAAAUUUUUAGAGAAGCACGAAAAAUAGUUAUAGCCGAAAUUCAACACAUUACAUUUAAUGAAUACAUUCCAUUUAUAAUGGGAGCACAUAUAAAUCCGUUUGACGAUUUGAGGACAUUAGAAGAAUAUAAAUAUUCGAGCUCAAACCGACCUGGGACAUUUCUUGAAUUUGCAUUAAUUACAUUUUUAUAUUUUGGAACCAGAUUAAAUAAUAAUACAUCAUCAGAUAAUAUAAACGUUAUUUUAAAUCAAUCAGCAUCGACCAGAAUUUUUAAUCAUGAAAUUUUCGAAAAAAACAAAAUUCCAAAUCUUUCUCAAUUAAUAGAGAUUGAAAGAAACAAUAAUGUGUCAUCUUAUUCAUCAUAUUUAAAAUUAUGCAGAAUUUCUGAUCAGGAUAAAAAUAAUAAAAUAUUUAGUUAUGAAGAUUUAAAAGAUAUUGGAACUAUUUCGCCUAAUAACUUGGAAUUACUGAAAAAGCUUUAUAAAAAUGCGAGCCAUAUUGAUUUAGUUGUAGGUGCAUUAAUGGAAACUCCUUUGCCUGGUUCGUUAUUGGGCCCAACAGCAAGUUGUAUAUCAGCUAUACAAUACUCUAGUCUUAGAAUAAGUGAUCGAUAUUGGUACGAAGAUGAUAUAUUUCCAUCAUCUCUUACAAAAGAUCAACUAAAAAGUAUAAGGAAAUUUACGCUAUCAAGUUUAUUAUGUAAUAAUGGGAAAGAUAAGAUGUAUAUUUCAAGAAAAAAUUUAUUUUUAAAAGAAGAUGAUUAUUUGAAUUUUCCAUUAUCUUGUAAACAGUUUGAAUUAUUAGAUAUUGAACCAUGGGAUUCAGAAAGAAAAGAAAUCUCUAAAAUAUCCACAAUACAUAUUGAAGUUCCUCAACCGAAACGAAAUUCUCAACUAGAUAAUGUACCCACAGACCUAAUCCAAAAGGCUGUAAAGAGAAUGGAAGAAAAAUUGUUGGAAAGAAAAAAAUUUGAAUAUAAUUCUUGGCUUGAAAAUGGUGGACUUGAUCCUAAAUCUCCGGAAGGUGUUGCAGCCGCAUUUAACAAGGCUAAUACUGACGCUUUAAGAAUGGCUAACGUAUCUCUAAUGUACGAAUACGCUACAAAUGAAAUUUUACAAUCUUUAAAUGAAAGAAGAAGAAGACGUAAACGUCAAACAAAACAACAAGGAAAAAAUUUCGAUCAAAAUCAGUUUUCUGAUUUGCUCCAAGUAAUCGAUAUAUCAUCAUUUAUAUCUCCCUCUACAAAUUAUAUUCAGGAAAAUGAUGGUUAUUGCAAUGAUUUUCAAGCUCAAUGUAAUCCAAAUAGUCCUUUCAGAACACUGAGUGGCCGUUGUAAUAAUGAAAAGAAUCCAGAAUGGGGACAAUUUUUAUCCCCAUUUUUAAGACUUUUACCGCCGCAGUAUGAUGAUGGUGUAUCGAAACCACGUUCGCUUUCGACGUCUGGUUUACCACUUCCAAAUCCUAGAACAAUAUCAACAUUAAUUCAUCCAGACAUUUCAAAUUUGCAUGGCAGAUAUUCCUUAAUGGUAAUGCAAUACGCUCAAUUUUUAGAUCAUGACCUCACAUUAACACCAACUCAUCGAGGUUUUCAUGAGUCAAUACCAAGUUGUAGAAAAUGCGAUUCCCCAAAAAAGGUUCAUCCUGAAUGUAAUCCAUUCCCAAUUCCAGCAGGAGACCACUAUUAUCCAGAAUUUAAUAUAACAAGUGGAGAACAGCUGUGUUUUCCAUUUAUGCGAUCGCUUCCUGGCCAACAAGGUCUUGGUCCAAGAGAUCAAAUAAAUCAAAAUACUCAUAUUUUAGAUGGAUCUCAAAUUUAUGGGCAAAAUAAUUGUAUUGCAACAAAAUUAAAAGGAUUUUCAGGAAGAUUAAAUUCUACAAUACAUCCUGUAAGAGGAAAAGAGUUACUUCCACAAAGUCCACACCAUCCAGAAUGCAAAUCAGCUCAAUGUUUUAUUGGUGGAGACGAUAGAGCUUCCGAGCAGCCAGGACUUACAACAAUACAUACAAUAUUUUUGCGUGAACAUAACCGAAUUGUUGAAGGACUAAGAGGAGUUAAUCCACAUUGGAACAGCGAACAAUUGUACGAAAACGCUAGAAAAAUUGUCAUUGCUCAAAAUCAGCAUAUUACGUACAACGAAUUCUUGCCUCGUAUCCUUAGUUGGAAUGCAGUAAAUUUGUACGGAUUGAAAUUAUUAGAUCAUGGUUACUUUGAUGAAUAUGAUCCUACUUGUGCACCAAUUAUAUUUAAUGAAUUUGCCGCUGCUGCAUUUAGAAUUGGUCAUUCGCUGUUGAGACCUCAUAUACCUAGACUGAAUGCAAAUCAUCAACCAGUUGAACCUCCAUUGUUACUUAGAGAUGGAUUUUUCAAAAUGGAUGUAUUGCUUGUUCCAGGGAUAAUUGACGAAAUAGGAAGAGGUUUAGUUGCAACACCAAUGGAGAGUUUAGACCAGUUUAUUACUGGUGAAGUAACGAAUCAUUUAUUUGAAGAUAGAAAAAUUCCAUUCUCUGGAGUAGAUCUCAUUUCACUUAAUAUUCAAAGAGGUAGAGAUCAUGGUAUACCAUCUUAUAACAACUACAGACAACUCUGCAAUUUAAAAAGAGCUAAGACAUGGCAAGAUCUAAGCCGCGAAAUUCCAACUGAAGUUAUUGCUAGAUUCAAAACUAUAUAUGAAUCUGUUGAUGACAUUGAUUUAUUCCCCGGAGCUAUGACAGAAAGGCCAUUGCAAGGUGGAUUAGUUGGCCCAACUUUGGCAUGUAUAAUUGGUUUACAAUUUAGACAACUGCGGAAAUGCGAUCGUUAUUGGUAUGAAAACAAUAUACCAGGAAUAAAAUUCAGUGAAACACAAUUAGCUGAGAUAAGAAAAACAACGUUAGCUAAAAUUGUUUGUGAAAAUCUUGAAAUACAAGGUGAUAUGCAAAGGGCAGCUUUCGAUCUUCCAAGCAACUUUUUGAAUCCUAGAGUACCUUGUCAGUCAAUGCAUCAAAUUGAUUUAUCUGCAUGGAGAGAAUCCCAAGACGGAUGCGAAAUCGGCGGAAGAAAAAUAAAUGUUGGAGACUCUGCUCUACCAUCACCAUGCACAAGUUGCGUAUGCACACUUCAAGGACCUCAAUGCGCUUCCCUUCGAAUAACGGACUGUAAUGAAUUGCAGAGAGAAUGGAGUUUGGAAGACAUAUUAAAAGAUGAAGUUUGUAACUCGCAAUGUGGGGCAUUUAUUAAGAGAAACGUUUUAUCAACGGGACUUAAAAAUCAAAAUUUAAAUACAUCUAAUCGAUUUAAAAAUACUCGAUAGGAAUGUAGAAACGUGAUCAAAUCUUAAUUUUAAAAUUUUAAUUAUACCUAAAUGUAAAUGAAAUGUUGUUAUUUUUAAGUUUAUGUGCAAAAAGAGUUUUAAACGUUAAAUUACUUUUAUUUAAUAAAAACUAAUUGUUAA